AUGAAACUAAUUGAAGGAGCAUGUUAAUAUACUCCCUCUCAGAGGUCUGUAUCCGGUACAUCGCUAGAGAAGUGCUAGAGGGCUUGAACUACAUGCACAAUAAAUGUGUUGUCCACCGUGAUAUCAAAUCAAUGAAUAUCACACUAAACAGUCAUGGGACAUUCAAGAUCAUUGAUUUCGGAUUGGCCGUGCAGUUGGAAAGAAUAGACGAGAAAAUCAUAGGUGCCCGCGGAACUACCUAUUGGAUGGCGCCCGAAGUCAUUGGCUGCAGAUACAACUGGCGACAGACCUACAACUUCAAGUGCGACAUCUGGUCAUUUGGCAUUACCCUCAUAGAGAUGGCAGAUGGAGAGUCACCUUACGAGAGAAUGACCAGGUCUAAAGCCAAGGACCUCAUUUACAUAUGCGAACCCCCAAGUCUCAAACGUGAACACAUGUGGAGCUACGAUUUUGUGGAUUUCUUAGGCCAAUGCCUGAUUAGAUCACCUAAGAAAAGACCAACAGCCACACAACUUCUUGGCCAUCCUUUUAUAAUGGAACAACCAGAGGCUGAUCAGGUCAAAUACGCGUUAACAGAAUAUGCCAAAACCGUUGAAUAAUCCCGCCCUGGACAAUCACAAUCAAGUCUAGAGAAAUGGGAAAGAUCGAAAGAUGUGCCUUUAGUCACCUUUCAUCUGAACUAGAGCUCGUAUCUUAUUUUAUUCAUCCUUCUCAGAGCUACAGUCCAUCUCCCAACCAUCAAGUAAAGGGUAAGUAUAUCAUUUUAACUUCAGCUUAUUAAUUCUAUUUUGUUUAUUAAGUUCAAAUGUGUUUAUUAGUGAUAUUAUGAUAGUAAUGAGUAAUAUUAUAGUUUUUGGAAUUCUAGGGGGGAACGUGGCAUUAUUGGAAAAAAACAUGGCAAUUAGUAUCCAGAAAUUGCCCUUCUCACACUUAGACAAGUCUUUAUAUCAUGUCAUUGGCAGUUGCUUUCAGUGCAGGUGUCAGUAUUGAUAUAAUAGUCCCCUAGAAUUGGCUCAGUAAUAUCUGUUGGUGUCCAAGGCAAAACUACUUGGCCCCGCCUCCUGCC